AUUCUGAAGACAAUCCCCAGACACUACUGUUUUCUGCAACUUGCCCACAUUGGGUCUAUGAUGUGGCUAAGAAAUACAUGAAGUCUAGAUAUGAACAGAUUGACCUUAUUGGGAAAAGAACUCAAAAGGCUGCUACAACAGUAGAACAUUUGGCAAUAGAGUGUCACUGGUCUCAGAGAGCUGCUGUUAUUGGAGAUGUCAUUCAGGUCUACAGUGGCAGCCAUGGGAGGACCAUUGUCUUUUGUGAGACCAAAAAGGAGGCAAAUGAACUGGCCCUGAAUGCUUCAAUCAAACAGGAUUGCCAGUCAUUGCAUGGUGACAUUCCUCAGAAGCAAAGAGAGAUCACACUGAAAGGUUUUAGAAAUGGUUCAUUUAAAGUUCUGGUUGCAACCAAUGUUGCUGCCCGUGGUUUAGAUAUCCCUGAAGUUGACCUCGUUGUACAAAGUUCACCACCAAAGGAUGUGGAGUCCUACAUCCAUCGUUCUGGACGCACGGGCCGAGCUGGACGGACUGGGAUCUGCAUCUGUUUUUACCAGCGAAAAGAAGAACAUCAAUUAAGAUACGUGGAACAAAAAGCGGGCAUUACAUUCAAGCGUGUUGGCGUUCCUACUGCAACAGAUAUAAUAAAAGCUUCCAGCAAAGAUGCCAUCAGGUGUCUAGAUUCUGUUCCUCAGAGGGCUAUUGAGUAUUUCAAAGAAUCUGCUCGAUUCCUAAUACAAGAAAAGGGACCAGUGAAUGCUCUGGCUGCAGCCCUAGCCCAUAUUUCAGGUGCUACUUCCAUUGAACAGCGUUCCCUGCUGAACUCGGAUGCGGGAUUUGUUACAAUGAUACUGCGCUGCUCUGAAGAAAUAAACAACAUGAGCUACGCUUGGCGAAGACUGCGAGAACUGUUGGGUGACGAUGUGGACAGGAAGGUGAACAGAAUGUGUUUCCUCAAGGGGAAAAUGGGUGUGUGCUUUGAUAUUCCUGCAGCAGACCAAAAGGAAAUAGAGGCAAGAUGGGAAGACUCAAAACAGUGGCGUUUGUGUGUGGCAACUGAGUUACCUGAGUUAGUAGAAUCACAACGAGGAGGAGGAGGAGGUGAAGGAAGAAAUGGCCGAAGCUUUUCAAGUUCCAGGAGCGGACGCCGUGGUGGCUCUGGCAGAAACAGAUUCAGAAGCAGAGGUCAGAAACGAAGUUUUGGCAGAGCAUUUGAUCAUUAACUUCAACA